AUGGAAAUUCUCUACCUGAUUCUAUCUCUCUUCUUCCUCUUAUUCCUCUCUCUGAAAUUCUUGUUCGGAACACGGCAGCGCAAAUUAAACCUACCGCCAAGUCCAAGUCGGCCAUUUCCGGUUAUUGGACACCUCCACCUCCUAAAGCUGCCGCUCCACCGGAGAUUUCUCUCUCUCUCCCAGUCACUAGACGGCGCUCCGAUUUUCUCUCUCCGCCUCGGCACUCGUCUCGUUUUUGUUGUGUCUUCUCACUCUAUCGCUGAGGAAUGCUUCACCAAGAACGAUGUCGUUUUAGCUAACCGGCCUGAGUUUAUCGUCGGGAAACAUAUCGGAUACAACUCCACCACCAUGGCCGCUGCGGGUUAUGGUGACAGCUGGCGUAAUCUCCGUCGUAUUGGCGCCAUUGAGGUCUUCUCGUCUCUUAGGCUCAAUAGCUUCUCAUCCAUCCGUAAAGACGAAAUCCAACGGCUGAUAUUAUGUCUUUCGAAAAACUCUAAACAAGAGUUUGCGAAGGUGGAGUUGAGACCAUUGUUUAUGAGCUUGACUAUCAACAACAUCAUAAGAAUGGUUGCCGGAAAGAGAUUUUACGGUGAUGGAACAGAGAAGGACGACGAGGCAAGACACGUGAGACAGUUGAUCGCGGAGGUGGUUACUAGUGGCGGCGCUGGAAAUGUGGCCGACUAUUCCCCAAUCAUUCGUUGGGUAACGAAUUAUGAGAAACAAGUGAAAGAAUUAGCGGGUCGGGUUGACGGAUUCUUGCAAUCUCUAGUGAAUGAGAAACGUGCGGAGAAAGUAAAGGGUAACACAAUGAUUGAUCACUUGCUUUCCCUCCAAGAAACUCAGCCUGAUUACUACACGGACGUCAUCAUCAAAGGAAUCAUACUCGUGAUGAUACUUGCCGGGACCGACACAUCAGCAGGGACGUUGGAAUGGGCGAUGUCGAAUUUGUUGAACCAUCCACAAGCAUUGAAAAAGGCAAAGACGGAAAUCGAAGACCAAAUCGGUUUAGACCGGUUAAUAGAGGAGCAAGACAUUGUGAAGCUUCCAUAUCUCCAAAACAUUGUAUCGGAGACUUUACGGCUUUAUCCGGUGGCUCCAAUGCUUCUCCCUCACUUGGCAUCAGAAGAUUGCACGGUGGCUGGCUAUGAUGUUCCACGUGGCACAGUGAUAUUGGUGAACGCAUGGGCCAUACAUAGAGACUCAAACAUGUGGGAAGAGUCGGAGAAGUUCAAGCCAGAGAGGUUUGAGAAAGAAGGGGAAGAUAAAAAGUUGAUGUCUUUUGGGAUCGGACGACGAUCUUGUCCUGGAUCAGGGCUAGCUCAGAGGCUAGUGACGUUGGCUCUUGGGUCUUUGGUCCAAUGUUACGAGUGGGAGAGAGUUGGAGAAGAAUAUGUGGACAUGAAAGAAUCUGAAAAAGGAACCACGAUGCGUAGAGCUACGCCGCUGCAAGCUAUGUGUAGAGCUCGUCCUAUUGUCCACAAGAUUUUAGAUGCUUCUUCUUGUCUAUAA